AUGCACUGCAUUGCAUCUUACACGUUCCUGAUCCGGAGGGCUGUCAGCUGCCCUUCUUUGGCGACUUUGCUCUACUGGUACGUCGUGGCGGAAAUCGACGAGGGUGAGUCCGGCGGCCGCUUCGACAUGGUGCGACAGCGGCUUCUCGAGGCCCUGUCCAAGGACGGGGGGAAGCCCUCGGAGACGGCCACAGCCACGCGGCACCUGCUCGAGCAGCAGGAGAGACUUCGCAAGAAGUUGCUCUGGAGCCUGCAGUUUGCCAAGGGCAAGCGAGACAGAAUCGAGAAGAAGAUCGAGCGCUUCCGGCAAGCGCUGGUUGCUGCCGAUCCGCCAGCAGGGGAGGAGUCCUUCCAGGAGCUGGAUUUGGUUAACGGGCUCAAGGAAGGCAUCCCACUGCCCGUGGAUCCCUCUGUUUCUUUGGUGGGGAUCUUGCCAGAGCAGUGCUUCCUGUUAAAGUCGGCCAUGAAUCCAGGUGUACUCGCCUGUCAGGUUCGCCCUUCGUCAAAUCCCCAGGGCCAACGAAGCAUCAAGAGGGUCAUGGUCAAGGAGGGCGACGAUCUGCGGCAAGACCAGCUGGUCCUUCAGCUGAUCAUCCUGAUGGAUUCGAUCCUGAAGAGAUAUGGUCUUGACCUUCAGUUGACGCCUUACCAGGUGAUUGCGCUCUCUCGCAACGAUGGCCUGAUCGACUUUGUUCCCGACUCGUCCAACUUGUCGAAAGUGCUCAAAGAGCACAAUGGGGAUAUCCAGCAGUUCUUCCGCGCCCAUCAUCCUGCGGAUGCUGGUGGCCAGCGAGGCCAAAACAAGGGCGACGACGCGCCGAGCGGAUGGGGUCCACAGAACUCCUAUGGCAUCAAGGCCGAGGUGCUGGAGAACUUUGUCCGCAGCUGUGCUGGCUACUGCGUCAUCACUUACAUCCUGGGCAUCGGGGACCGUCAUCUGGACAACCUCAUGGUGACCACGGAUGGCAAGCUCUUCCACAUAGACUUCGGGUUCAUCUUGGGCAAAGAUCCCAAGCCGUUCCCGCCACCUAUGCGCAUCUGCAAGGAGAUGGUGGAAGGGAUGGGUGGCAACCCUUCUCCCGGAUACCAGUCCUUCAAGUCCAAAUGUUGCCAGGCCUUCAAGAUCUUGAGGCGACACUCCAAGUUGAUCAUCAACCUCCUGUACCUGAUGACGGAUUCUGGCAUCAAGGACAUCUGCAGCGAUCCCCAGUUCGCCAUCCUCAAAGUGGAGCAGAAGUUCCAGGCCUUGAUGGAUGAUGAGCAGGCAGAAGAGCACUUUCUGAGUCUCAUCGACGAGUCGGUCAGUGCGCUGCUUCCUGUGUUGCUGGAUAUUGGCCACAAGAUCUCCCUUGCCAUGCAGUAA